CACAGAGGCAAGCCUCAUAAACCUGCCAUGGAUUACUUGGUCUUGAUUUUGUGCCUUCAGUUACUGUGGGGAUUGAUCCAAGUUCUCUCUUUCGUAGCAGCGAGAAUCAAAAAGGCUCCCUCCAACCUCCCACCCGGUCCGCGGCCUCUUCCACUCAUCGGUAACCUCCUCGAACUCGGAAAGCUUCCCCACCAGUCUCUUGCUAGGCUAGCUCGCACUUAUGGCCCCAUAAUGAAACUUCAGCUCGGCUUUGUAACCACGGUUGUCAUUUCUUCUCCAACACUCGCCAAAGAAAUCCUCCAAACCCACGACGCUCUAUUCUUGAAUCGAACCAUUCCUGAUACCAUCACGGCCCACAAUCAUGAUCAAUUCGGUUUGCCUUGGAUACCCAUUUCGCCUCUCUUUCGAAACCUUAGAAAAAUGUACAACUCACAUCUAUUGUCGAAUAAGAAACUUGAUUCCAACCAGCACCUUCGCAAGAAGAAAGUGGAAGAGCUUGUUUGUUACGUUCAGAAAUGUGCGCAGAAUGGUGAUGUUAUAGACAUUGGCGAGACAGCUUUUAGGACUAGCCUUAACUCUCUGUCAAACACGAUUUUUUCAUUGGACAUGACGUACCCUUCAAAUUCAGCUAAAGAGUUGAAGGAGGUGGUGGGGCAAAUCAUGGCUGAGGCUGGAAAGCCAAACCUUGCAGAUUACUUUCCUGUGCUAAAGAAGAUUGAUCCACAGGGUUUGAAGCAGCGGAUGGAAUUGUAUUUUGGCAAAAUGUUUGAUGUCUUUGAUGUUCUCAUCAAGAAAAGGUGGCAACAGAGGAUGCAAUCUGGUUCAGUUGAGAGCAACGAUGUCUUGGAUGCUCUUCUUGAUGUAAUGGAAGAGAAGAGUGAGGACAUGGACAUCUCUCUAGUCAAGCAUCUAUUUCUGGAUUUUUUUGUUGCCGGUACCGAAACCACUUCAAGUACUCUGGAGUGGGCAAUGGCUGAGCUGCUUUGCAACUCAGAGAAGCUAUCAAAAGCCCAAACCGAGCUCCAUGAAGUCAUUGGCAAAGGCAACCAGAUGGAGGAAGUCGAUGUACCUCGCUUACCGUAUUUACAAGCUAUCGUAAAAGAAACUUUCCGACUUCACCCACCUUUUCCACUUCUUCUCCCACGCAAAUCUGGAGCCGACACACAAAUAGGCGGUUUCACCAUUCCAAAGGGUGCACAAGUUCUUAUCAAUGCAUGGGCUAUAGGAAGAGAUCCUAGCAUUUGGGUCAAUCCAAAUGAGUUUGUACCGGAGAGAUUUCUUGGAUCUGAUAUAGAUUUCCGGGGAAAAAAUUUCGAGCUUGUUCCGUUUGGUGGUGGCAGGCGAAUUUGUCCAGGAUUGCCUUUGGCCACGAGAAUGUUACAUGUGAUGCUGGGUUCGCUAAUUAACUCAUUUAAUUGGAAGCUCGAAGAUGGUGUCACACCAGAAAAUAUGAACAUGGAAGACAAGUUCGGGAUCAGCAUGCAGAGAGCCCAGCCUCUAAAAGUCGUUGCCUUACCAGCGUAAAUUGGGGAAAGAUUUAUGUCAUAAAACGUGUACUAAUAAAGAUUCCUCAUAUUAAAACAUUCGGUGCCCAUGUUGUUCUUUGCAUGACAUCAUUCCGAAUCCAUGGAAACACUCAGAUAUUUUGCUUUUACAAAUCCAGGAGCCUUUGAUCUGUUUAUUGCUGAUACGACUGGAGAACAAAAAGAACUUGCGGAAGAUGACAAAUUGAUCCUAUGUGUUUUUUAUUUGUCUCGCCCCUAAACUGUAAUAUGUCUAUAGUUCAAGAUGAAAGAAGCAUACUUUUUUCCA